AAACAAAACUAGGUUGUACCUAAAACACGCAAAAGAGUAAUAACCCGGUCCAAGUGAGGUGAGGUUCCGUUGGCUGCCGUGGAGAUCGGAAACGGAGCGAUUUAACCGCUCCCAAGCCCUUUUUCCUUCUCACCGGCAACAAACGGCUUUUCUCUUUCUUCUCUCUUCUCUUCCUUUUGUCUUCUUCCUGUCCAUCCCAAUUGUCUUUUGUUCUUUGUCCCCUUCUUUAUCUCGUUCAGAUAGAAUUAUUUAUCUGUCUACUAUACAUCAGAUAUCAUGUUUGCUCGUCAGUCUUUCGGUGUCCUCCAGAAGCGUGCCUUCUCGGCUUCUGCUAGCCAGGCUUCCAAGGUCACUGUCCUUGGUGCUGCUGGUGGCAUUGGACAGCCUCUGUCCCUUCUCCUGAAGCUCAACCCCCGUGUCUCGGAGCUCGCUCUUUACGAUAUCCGCGGUGGCCCUGGUGUUGCUGCUGAUCUCAGCCACAUCAACACUAACAGCACCGUCACUGGCUAUGAUCCUACCCCCUCCGGCCUUCGUGCUGCCCUCAAGGACUCCGAGAUCGUCCUCAUUCCUGCCGGUGUUCCCCGCAAGCCCGGCAUGACCCGUGAUGACCUCUUUAACACCAACGCCUCCAUCGUCCGCGACCUUGCCAAGGCUGCCGCUGAGGCUUCCCCCGAGGCCAACAUCCUCGUCAUCUCCAACCCCGUCAACUCUACCGUCCCUAUUGUGUCUGAGGUUUUCAAGGCUGCUGGUGUCUAUAACCCCAAGCGCCUCUUCGGUGUCACCACCCUCGAUGUUGUCCGUGCCUCUCGCUUCAUCUCCCAGGUCCAGAAGACCAACCCCUCUGGCGAGGCUGUUCCCGUUGUUGGUGGACACUCUGGCGUGACCAUCGUUCCUCUGCUCUCCCAGUCCAACCACCCCCAGAUUGAGGGUGCCACUCGCGACGCUCUGGUCAACCGCAUCCAGUUCGGUGGUGACGAGGUCGUCAAGGCCAAGGACGGUGCUGGUUCCGCCACUCUCUCCAUGGCCAUGGCUGGUGCUCGCUUCGCUGAGUCCCUCCUCCGCGCUGCCCAGGGUGAGAAGGGUGUCAUUGAGCCCACCUUCGUCGACAGCCCUCUGUACAAGGACCAGGGCAUCGAGUUCUUCGCAUCCAGGGUCGAGCUCGGCCCCAACGGUGUUGAGAAGAUCCACCCCGUCGGUGAGAUCAACACCUACGAGCAGGGUCUCCUCGAGGCCUGCCUCGGCGACCUCAAGAAGAACAUCAAGAAGGGUGUCGACUUUGUUAAGGCCAACCCUUAAAUGCAGUUCAAACGUGAAAGCUUUGCGGCGGUGUUCCUCCCUGUAUAACAGUCCUUAGUCAUUGACCUAUUUACCCCCCGUAUACACUUCCCAUUUCACAUCGACUACUACUACAUCGGAGGAGCGCAGCUAUUAUGGUGGAAGCCACGGCUUCAAGGGAAAUCGGUGAUCGGGAGAUGAGAUGACAUGUAUUUCCUACAACCGAAUAUGGAAUCCAAAUCGUAAUUACGACUU